UCACAGCUCAGAUGAACAGGAACAACUCGGCUAUCCGGCAUGAGCCUCUGACGGUCACAGGGCACGCCGUCCUGCCCAUGGCCAUAGGCGUUAGGCCAGCUGCUUCCCAUAUGGGCAACUUAAGUAGUAGCCCCUCAUGAUGAAUGGAUUUAUUUAGCUGCUAUUUUCUAAUCAACCCUUUGGACUUGAAUCUCCACAAGCCCCACCUGACCAGCUCCUGCAGGAAGCCCCCCGUGCCCUCCUCACCGGCAGCACGGAGCAUCAGCAGCCUGACACCACACUGUCUUCCCUGGGUGGUUUCCAUCUUAACAGAACAUCUUUGCUGCUGCCCAGAGCUCAGCAUGGUUGGCGGCCCAGAGAGGUGAAGCUCCGCAGAACGCUUUAUUCCUAGGGAGAGAGUCUGAAUCAGAUGACCCAAGGGAACAGGUACAAGCCUGUGUUCCAUUAACCUGGAUUUUACUAUUUCAUGUCAUUUUUAAAACUGAAGAUUUCAAGUCCAGUGAGCCCUAGUUUUACUCCUGGCAUCAGCCUCAGUGUCAUACAAACUGGGUCCUUCUCACCUUGGGGUCUUCACCCAGGCCUUGGUGCCACCGCCUCCUCCCCAUGUUAUCCAGCCAACUCCUGACCAGGCCUCAGACAAUACCUGAGUGACCUUUUGGGGAAAACCCUCCUGCAUAGUCUAACCUAGCACCAUCCCCUUGUGCUAUUCUCUUUAAGUCCUCUGUUCUUACCACAACUUUAAUGAAAUUAUACUGUUAAUUAAUGCAGGGAUACACACUCAGGUAUAGUCAGAGCAUGCGAGUGCGAGGCAAUAGGGAGUGGUAGGGACUGGAGAGAGUGUGGCUGUCAGGAGACCCUGCUUCUGUUUGGCUCCAGCUGAGGGUGGCCCAGUGUUAGCAGAUCUUCCAUAUUUGAAAAAGAAGCCAGAACUCUUGGUUUUAAAAGUGAAGUCCCUCCCAACAUUUAAAUAUUGGCAAAUAAUUAUUUUAGAAACAAGGCAGACUAAACAAAACACAUCAGUGGCUCCUAGUUCGUAGCCUAUGGUUCAAUAUCCUUCUUCCCCACUCGCUUUCAGUUCCACAGGGACACAUGCCACGUCUGCCCGCGCACUACAUUGUCUGGAUUCAACAAACAAAAAACAGACACAGGUGAUGGCCUCUCCCAGGAGAGCACCAGUCAGACAGAACCUGGCAAGGAGGUGGCAUUCCAUCAUUCCCAUCCUCUUACUGCCUGCUGGAAAUUUCUCCUCUCCUUCUAAGCCCCGCUCCCAGGCAGCCCCUUGUCCUGAACACUGAGGUCAUCACUAUGGCCAGAGCUGCACUGUGACAUCACAGGGCCUCUGUGACAUCACCAAGGGCGCGGCCCGAGGGAGGCGGUCUCCAGGUAUGAGGGCAAACACUCCAACCAUGUGGACACGGAAAUGGUUCUUGUUCUUGCCUCUGUGCUUUUCCUGCACCUACACCUUCAUGUUUUCCUUUCUGAGCAGCAAAGCCAAAGAACCCCAGGGGAAGGUACCCCACGGAGGGCACUUUCGGAUCAGGCAGGGACUACCGGAGCACACCCAAGGCUGGCUUGGGAGCAUAUGGCUCUGGCUUUUCUUUGUUAUGCUGUGCGUGAUACUGAAAUUUCUAGGAAAGAGUGAGAACAGUAAGGAGCCAAAUCCUCGUGACCUUGGAGGCUGUUCAUUACACUCUCCACUAAAGAAAGAUCAAAACGCUUCCCCCAGUCAAAGCCAUGCAUUCAACACCCUAACCGAGCUCGAGAUGGACCUUAUCAAAUUAGUGUCCAAAGUGCGGAAUCUGAGAGUCGCCAUGGCAGCUGGCAGUGACCCCGAGCUGCAGAACUUGGAGAUGCCUGAAAACCCACACAAUGUUACCAUUUAUGACAUAUGGUGUGAAGACUGAUUGAAUGGAUUCAGGUAUCCCAAGUAGGAGAGAAAAGGUUGAGUGUUGACAGACUAAUAAAAGUAUUCUGAAGAAAAAGAAUUCUGGAAUUUGAGACCUUUUUCCCCUUUUUCCUCUUUUUCCAAACUUGAAGAAAAAAAUAAAUGUGGGACCAGCAGCCAUGGCAGUUGUUUUCUUUAUUCUGCCUUUCUUACUUGCUGUAAGCUGAGCUGUGACAUGGCAUCAGCAGCGACAUAGCAGAUAGGGGGAUGAAGGGGCAGUUCUGGGCUCUGGGGGACGAAGGGACGGUUCUGGGCUCCAGCUCUGCAGCCUCUGUGGGAUGAUAAGGUUUGGGAAAUGUGAGAUAAGAUGCUGAUACUGUUUUCAUGGUAGCUAUCUUUACAGUAGCUAUUUGUGUAAAAGAUGGGACCAGGUCUUAUCUCUAAUUUAUUACAUUACAAAGGACAACCUUAAUUAUAGGUUUAAAAAUGAUAAAAUGAUUGAAUUAGGAGGGUGUGUGUGUCAAGGGGACGGGAAUCCUAGAGUCAUUUGAUUUUCUUAACCACCAGAAAAGUCGUCCUAAUCAUUGAAUCUCAUGGAUUACGUGUGUUCACUCUUUCUUCUACCAAACUGGCAGUUACAUGUCUAACUGGACUAAGAAAAACAGAGAAACAGCCCAUAUUCUCAAUGUAAUUUGGAUACAGAUGAGCUAAUCAGGGAUUCCCAAAUUAGUUGAUAUGAAUGUUCUUUAUAAUAUUUAAAAAAUGAAAAUACUUAAAAAAUUUUUAAAUAUGGGUAUUUUGGCAUGUUUGUAUGGCCAAUGGAAACUGUACUUACUCAAGGCUGUUAGCUUACCGACCCCUGGCCGAAGCCCACUUGAUAAUGUCAUGGAUGUGCAGAUGCGGACCUAGAGAGCAGUUUCUGGGGGAAACCACGGAAAUUCCCUUAUUUCUACUUCAGUCCAAAUGAAGGUGUCCUUAAUCUCCAUUCCCUUCCGUUCCAGCCGCAAAGAGCGAAUUUCCAUGACUUGAGCUGAGUCUUCAGGACCUGCCCUCCCACCGGGUUUAGGCCUCAGAUGAGAGCUGCCCACUUCCCCCUUGUCGUUGUCUGUCUUUGAGGAGUGGUCCCUGGACCCUUCACUCUGGUCUUGACCAGUUUACAGGGUGGGAGUAGUGGGAGGGGCCGAGAUGACUCCUCCCUGCCUUCUGUAUUCUCAGGGUUAGCAACAAACAGGCCAUGGGAGUUAUUUUCCCAGCACGCUCUGAAGAAGUUCAGAUAAGCAAAUCUUUAACUUUUAACCUGUGAUCUGCAUAUGGGACAGAUUUUAGAUCAGAAUGGAGACAAUCUAAAAGGCCAGGGGUCAGCGAACCAUGGUUCAUGGGACAAAUCCAGUCUUCAUGUGGCCCAUGAGCUUGUAAAAACGCUUUGUAUGUUUUCAAAUGGUUGGAGGAAAUAAAGAUGAAUAAUAUGACA